AAAUUCGGCAUUUCAAACUACGAACACACAGUUCACACACUCUAACAGAGUCAAAGAGUUCACAGAGAAGGCGAAAACUGCAUUUCGCGUGAUUCAAGCUCAUCAGGUGGCACCAAAGGAAGAUGUAUCUCAAGUCGAAUUUGUCAUGGAAUGUUUUGAUUCCUGCUGAGAGCCUCGAUGCAGGAGGUCUGAUGCUUCAAAAAGCUAUAAUCACUCGCCUCAUGGCUGAUUUUGCAGCCAAGAAGGCUACUAAGGACCUCGGCUAUUUCCUUGCAUUGAGCACAGUGGGGAAGAUUGGAGAGGGGAAGGUCCGGAAGCAGUCAGGUGAUGUUAUCUUUCCUGUAGAUUUCAGCUGCAUAACCUUCAAGGUUCUGCCAGGUGAAAUCUUGGAAGGCGUUGUCCACAAAAUCCUAAAGCCGGGCGUGUUCCUGAGGUGUGGACCAGUCGAGACCAUCUUUCUCUCCCACCAGAAAAUGGAUGACUACCAAUUCGUGCCCGGGGAAAACCCCUACUUCAUGAAUGGUAAGUCCUCAAAGAUCGAGAAGGGCGUGGUGCUGCGGUUCCUGGUGAUCGGAGAGAAGUUUAUCGAGAUUGAGAAAGAUUUUCGAGUUGUAGGCAGCCUCGAGGGAGACUACCUUGGGCCUGUUUCUUAGUAAGUCAAGUCCAGGAAACUUGGUACUUUCUGACCUAAGACAUGUUAGUAUAUGUGAAGUUUGUGCAGUUUAGCAUUUGAUGGUAUGCUUAAGAUUUUUUGUUGGACCUUAACUAAUGACUAACUAGUCUUAGAUUUGCAAUUUGGAAUUCUGUUGAUGGGAAUAUGUAGUAUGGUCUCCUGUUUUA